AUGAUUCUUCCGUCACUGCUUUGGUCGGCUAGCGACUUGUCUACCUACAACAUCAGAAUUGUAGAUGAAGACUGGAAAACCUUCUUCGACAUACCAACCUUGCCUGAUCCGACGGAGGAUAUCUCACUCCUUUUGGCGGCUGAUGCGGAUCCCGCAGACCCCAGGAUGUCCGACGGCGGGGGAAGGUUCUUAGCUUCGCUUCAGUCUGCAGCGAGAUAUCCGCAGCUCUGGGAACUACAGGACCAUGUCAAUUUCACCAAGCAGCUGGUGGAAAUGUUCCGCGACCAGAGUCGUCUACUACCGCGCUAUGGCAUCAAUCGUAUCGAAACCAUGAGAUUAAACUCGCAGAGAAAGGACGUUUACGCUCAGGCAUCGGUGAGCUCGGUCGACUGGUACAACCGGGUCCACUUACUUUGUGAAGCGACGCUAUCUGGGGACGACCCCGAGAUCAAACUUAUCAUUGAUGCCCUCGCUGCGUUCGCGCGCAACAGACGGGUGCGUGCGGUAUGUAACGUGCAUGCACGCGAUUCGGACGAGUUUGCUGGGAUCACCGUGCGCGGGUUCGCUCCGACGUUUUACAAGAUCACCAUCACCAACGCGCUUUCUCGCGCCGUGGCGGGAGAUGAGGGAACGUCUCCUGCUGCGCUGCCUGAGACCGUGGUGCGCCGGUGUAUCCCGCCUGUCGAGCACUUAGAACAGUAUUGGAGAGAGGGCGUGUACAACUUGGACAACCGCCGGGCUGUACUGCUGUGCCUGAAGAUGUUCACGACCUACUUCCGGGACCUGUAUAGGACAGAGGAGGAAGCACGUUGCGAUGGACCCUACUUGAAAGGCAUGCUACUGCGCGAGUGUUUGUAG